AUGCGUACCUACGACGAUACCUUCAGUGGUCAGAAAAUUUACCCUGGCAAGGGUAAAUUGUACGUCCGCGGUGAUAGCAAGAUCUUCAGAUUCCAGAAUGGAAAAUCCGAAUCGCUCUUCCUUCAGCGCAAGAACCCUCGCCGAAUUGCCUGGACCGUUCUGUACCGAAGACAACACAAGAAGGGUAUUUCUGAAGAAGUUGCUAAGAAGCGCACCCGCCGCACUGUCAAGCACCAGCGUGCUAUCGUUGGCGCCUCCCUCGAUGUGAUUAAGGAGCGCCGAUCCAUGCGCCCUGAAGCUCGUCUCGCUGCCCGUCAAGCCGCCAUCAACGAAGGAAAGGAGAAGAAGCAUGCCGCGGAGAAGCAGAAGAGAGAGAAGGCCCGAGUCGCUGCUGCAUCGGCUAGGGGACAGACCUCCAGAAUCCAGAGCAAGCAGGGUGCUAAAGGCUCGGCACCAAAAGUCGCCGCCAAAUCUCGUUAA